AUGGCAGAUCCCGUCUUCUCAGUCACCAUCGACGACACCUCCCCGACGAUCCAGUAUGCGCCCUUCCCCGACACGUUCACCGUUCCUGCUCUCCUCUCAGGCUGGAAUCCGUACUACACUAACUCGGGGUUCGCCACCGACCCUGGUCCGUCGUCGAACGCGUCCAUCACAGAUGUGGGCAAUGGGACGAGCCUGCAUCUUACCGCGUGCGACGGGGCCGCGCUCGCUAUCAGCUGGAACGGAACUGCGAUCACACUCUAUGGCACACUAAUUUUGAACGCAUCCACCUCUUCAGCCCAGCCGCUGACCUACAGCAUUGCCCUGGAUGGUACGCCCACGACUAACUAUGUUUCCUCGCUUUCCACACCCGCCACUGUCUCCUCUGCCUCUGCGGAUGUGCUCGCAGGCUUUGCGAGCCUGGAAGACGCAUUCCAUGAAGUCGUGUUGACUGUACAUAACCCAUCGGCCCAGGGGCAAGGGCAGAACAUGGUGGCAUUUGACAGAGCAGUAGUGUGGAUGGAUGCCAGUGGGAGCGUUCACUCCACGCCUUCCUCUUCUACCACCGUACCACCGUCAUCUUCUAUCACCGCACCACCGUCAUCCACGACUUCUGUACCAGACAGCGUCGUCGCGUAUCUUGGGCAGUGGUCUUACGCUCCCGGGCUCCUUCCCGACUCGCCUGACAUAGCUUUUCACACAAGCACUAAUGUCGGGGAUAGUGCACGCGUGAUAUUCAGUGGCACAGCUGUAACGCUAUCAGGGCUCACCACUCCUUCCUCGGGCUCGUACAACAUCACUCUCGACAACAUCACAAGUACAUUCUCCGCGCGCGCCUCCUUCACCGCGUCAAGCCCUACUCUGCUCUUCUUCGCAUCCGACCUCGACCCUACAGCCACCCACGUCCUUGACAUCGCCAACGCCGGCCCCAUUACAGAAACCGACUCAGGAACUCUCCUCGUCGUGCUCGCAGGCGGCGCGAACGUCACGAUGUCGGCGCCCGCCAGCCCUUCUGCCGCCACGCCCGUCGGCGCCACCUCCGUCUCCGCCUCCUCGGGUCUGCCCCGUGGAACGGUCGCAGCCAUCGCUGUCGGUGCCACGCUCGCGUUUGUCGCGUUGCUCGGGUUGCUCGGCGGUGCGCUCUACUGGCGCCGCCGCGCGGCGCGCCGCAAGCGCGACCUCAUCGUGCACCCGCGCGUGCGGCGCAGCCUCGCAGACCGCCUCGGAUUUCUCGCGCCGUCGCGCAUGCGGGGCGCAAGCGCGGGCCCGGACGAGGUUGGCAUGCGGGAGAAAGGGAAGGGCCGCAUGGUUGACGUGGGCGUGCUGGACAUCAGUUCGCAGCAAGCGCGCAAUGCGGACGAAGAGUACGAUAAGUAUGAGAUUGUUGAACGGGACGCCGAAGGUAUCCCGCAGCGCUUUGGAAUGCACGCCACGCAGAAGUCGGACGGAAGCUUUUCUAUAGAGCUUCCCGAGCUCUCGCCAGAGAGUUAUCUCCCGAAGUCUUCCCUCCCGUCGACCGCGCACCCGCUACCGUCGGACGAAUCGUUCUCUACUGUCCGAUUCAAGUCGCCGUCACCUACCAACCCACGUAGUCCCCGUCCACGUGGUCCACGCGAAAUGCACGGGCGUGAUAGCAGUCGCGGCAUCCUUCUGUCAAACAUAGUCUCACCGGCAUCUGAAGCAGAGGCGGAGGCUGUAGAAGGCUUGCCCCCGCUGAGAGUGGAGUUUGCAGAAGGGCAGGAACGGCCGGAACGAGCCGGCAGAGAUAGGUAUAUCAGCGCGGGUGCGAUCUCGCUGCCUCAGUCACUGCGACAAGCACUAGCCCGGAGUGCAGAGGUGCUGAGGAGCUUGGAGACGGAUCGAGAAGAGGGUAUGUCAAGCGGGAAGCCGUCGGCGUUCUCGUCGUUCCUGUCGCUCUCCUCGUCAAACUCGUCCUCCAACCGUUCGAGGUCCAACCGACAGUCCGCGUCGACGCGCUCAUCGCGGAGCCGGCGAAACACUGGCAGCGAGCAAAGUGCGCGCAGUGUACCUCCUCUUCCUGACACUCGUACAUCCCUUGGAAUCUCCAUGACCAUCGGUGAUGGACCCACAACGAGCCGACCAUCUCUCACUCCACAGAUAUCUCUCCAAACAGUACCAUUACCAGAACCGCUCACCAUCCCGCCCGACUCGCCGCACGAGCCCAGACAACCCGAAUCCCAUUCGGCCGGGCUGCUGCCCUCGCCAACCGAUUCGAUCCCCUUGACCGUGUCGGACAUCCACUUCCGACACUCGACGUACUCGUCGUCCUCCAUCGGGACCGAGUCCAGGCGUACGAGCGGCGUUCGAAACAGCGGCUCACACCGUCCACCGCACCCGCCUCUCCCCUCCGUGCCCGCUUCACCGACGGCGCCGGUACACUCGCGUACGCAGUCGCAGGUUCGGCCCUACAUCGUGCAAAGGCUCAUGGGCUUGCCUGCUGACGGGUCGGCAUCGUCGACCCCGAUCGGUAACCCCACGAGUACGAUGACCCCGCAGACAUCGCAUCCCGGUGGUCGUGCGGGCACGUCGAGCAUGCCUACGAGUUCGAGUUUCGGGCAGAGUUCGACUUUUGGGUUUGGGCGUGGUAGACCCAGAUGA